GGGAGGGGAUAGCGGGGCGGACCCGGAGGACAUGGAGGCCGAGGGGGCCCCGUCAUGGCGGGGUCCCGGCGGGGCCGUGCGGGAGCUCUGCCGCUCUUUCUGCCACUACAACCGGCACUUGGCGCGGCUGCAGCACAACCUGCGAGAGACCAAGAGGUUCUUCCGCGAUGUCAAGUUCUCCCAGGGACACCCCUUCGCCUCGGCGCCUGCCGGUGACGGCCCCCCCUCCGCCGGGGAUGGGGGUCCCGGGGACGGCGGCCACGGCCCGGUCUCGUUCCCGCCGCACGAGGAGGAGCAGCUGCAGCGCUCGGUGAGCUGGCGGCCGUGCCUGCUGAUCCUGGGCCAGAGCUGCCGUGCCAAGUGCCGCCUGCUGAACCUGCUGCUGGGCCAGGAGCUGCUGCCCGUCCCUGGGGCUGGCACCGAGGGGCUGCUGGGCCAGGAGCUGCUUCCCGUCCCUGGGGCUGGCACUGAGGGGCUGCUGCCCACCCCUGGCACUGAGGAGUUGCUGCCCAUCCCUGGGGCUGUCCAUGGGGCUGACACUGAGGAGCUGCUGCCUGUCCAUGGCACUGAGGAGCUGCUGCCCAUCCCUGGCACCGAGGAGCUGCUGCCCAUCCCUGGGGCUGGCACCGAGGAGCUGCUGCCUAUCCCUGGGGCUGGCACCGAGGGCCUGCUGCCCACCCCUGGGGUUGGCAUGGAGGAGCUGCUGCCCACCCCUGGCACUGAGGAGCUGCUGCCCACCCCUGACACUCCUGAGCUGCUGCCCACCCCUGACACCGAGGAGCUGCUCCCCAGCCCUGACACUCCUGAGCUGCUGCCCAGCCCCGGGGCUGGCACGGAGGAGCGCUGCCGGCGCCGCCGCGUUCGCUUCACGCACGGGGCGCGGACGCGGCUCAGCCUGGCGCUGCCCGGGCAGUACGAGCUGGUGCAGGCGCUGGCGGGGCACAGCGGGCACUGGGACACCAUCCCCGAGCAGGACCUGCAGGUGCCCGGCGACGCCGAGGAUCCCGCGCAGAGGGUGGCGGAGCUGGAGGUGGUGCUGCCCCACGCGCUGCUCAAGGAAGUGGACAUCGUGGUGGCUCCAUGCCGUGGCUUCCAGUCAGCUGAGGCCACCCUGGCCGAGUUUAUCAACCAGGUGCUGCCCGUCGUCACCUUCGCCAUCGGCGAGCCCCAGCUGUCCCCAUCGGACCGGGCAGAACUCCUGGAAAUCAAGGAAAAAUUCUCCCUCCCCAUCUUCUUCCUCCGAAUCCCCGAGCCCGGCAGCGAGCCGAGCUCUCCCAAAAAACCCACCAAGGAGAAAUCCCCGCUGCACCGCCAGCUGCUGGAUCUGGGAUACCUGCACCCCUCCGGCUCCUCGCUGCUGGCGGAGCAGCCGGAGAAGCUGCGGCUGCUGAGCGCCUUCGCCAGGCAGGUGCUGCAGCAACACCUGGUGGGGUUGGCCACGAGGCUGAGCGAGGUCCACGGGCGCUGCCUCAACAUCUUCAUCAACCAGGCGUUCGACAUGGCGCGGGACCUGCAGAUCACGCCCAAGCGGCUGGAGUACACGCGCAGGAAGGAGAACGAGCUCUACGAGUCGCUGAUGGGCAUCGCCAACCGCAAGCAGGAGGAGAUGAAGGAGAUGAUCGUGGAGACCUUGGCGAGUAUGAAGGAGGAGCUGCUGGAGGACGCUGCCAGCAUGGAAUUCCGAGACAUCAUCAUCCCCGAGAGCGGCGACCCCGUCAGCUCCCGGGACAUCAAACGCUGCAUCCAGCAGAUCCAGGAGCUGAUCAUCUCCCGCCUCAACCAGGCCGUGGCCAACAAACUCAUCAGCUCGGUGGAUUAUCUGCGGGAGAGCUUCGUGGGGACCCUGGAGCGCUGCCUCAGGAGCCUGGAGGAGUCGUGGGAGGGCGCGGCGCAUCCCAGCAGGGCGCCCGAGAAAAGCAGGGAUGGCUCCGUGCACAUCACCAGCAACUAUCUCAAACAGAUCCUGAACGCAGCCUACCACGUGGAGGUCACGUUCCACUCGGGCUCGACGGUGACCAGGAUGCUUUGGGAACAGAUCAAACAGGUGGGAAAACCUGGAAAAGGGAAUUUCAGAGGGAGAAGUGCUCAGGAGCUCACCUGUUCCCCGCAGCUGGAGGACGGCCACUCGGGCCGCCUGGAGAGGACGGAGGACCUGUGGCUGAAGGUGAGGAAGGAGCACGCUCCACGCCUGGCCCGCCUCUCCCUGGAGAGCAGAUCCCUGCAGGAUGUGCUGCUGCACGGGAAGCCCAGGCUGGGCAGGGAGCUGGGCCGAGGCCAGUACGGGGUGGUGUACCUGUGUGACAGCUGGGGGGGACACUUCCCCUGCGCCCUCAAAUCCGUCGUCCCUCCGGAUGAGAAGCACUGGAACGACCUGGCGCUGGAAUUCCACUACAUGAGGUCCCUGCAGUCCCACGAGAGGCUGGUGCACCUGCACGGCUCCGUCAUCGAUUACGGCUACGGAGGAGGCUCCAGCAUUGCUGUGCUGCUGAUCAUGGAGAGGCUGCACAGAGACCUCUACACUGGGCUGAAGGCUGGGCUGGAGUUGGAGCCACGGUUGCAGAUUGCCUUGGAUGUGGUGGAAGGGAUCCGGUACUUGCACAGCCAGGGCUUGGUGCACAGAGAUAUCAAGCUCAAAAAUGUCCUGCUGGACAAAAAGAAUCGGGCCAAAAUCACGGAUUUGGGCUUCUGCAAACCCGAGGCGAUGAUGUCUGGCAGCAUCGUGGGCACCCCCAUCCACAUGGCUCCCGAGCUCUUCACAGGGAAAUACGACAAUUCCGUGGAUGUUUAUGCCUUUGGGAUCCUGUUCUGGUACCUGUGCUCGGGCCACGUGAAGUUACCCGAGGCUUUUGAGAGGUGUGCGAGCAAAGAUCACCUGUGGAACAACGUCAGGAGAGGGGUGCGGCCGGAGCGGCUCCCGGUGUUUGACGAGGAAUGCUGGCAGCUGAUGGAAGCCUGCUGGGCCGGGGACUCCUCGCAGCGGCCUCUCCUGGGAAUCGUGCAGCCCAUGCUGCAGGGAAUCAUGGACAGGCUCUGCCGGGCCGGCUCCCAGCAUCCCAACAAAGGCCUGGACGACUCCACCUGAGCGGGAAGCGCGGCAGGAAUUCGGGAAUCGCGGCGGGAUUUGGGAAUUCCAGCCCCGCCUCGGCCGUGGAGCUCCGAGCCAGCCCCGAGGGGGACAGGGAGGAGCUCGGAGGGGGCUCAGGGGGGUGAUGGCUCCAUCCCAAUCCCAGCCCUGUAUCCCAUUGGAAUUGUGUGGCCAAGGCAUGGAAAAUCCCAUUGGAAUUGCGUGGCCAAGGCAUGGAAAAUCCCAUUGGAAUUGCGUGGCCAAGGCAUGGAAAAUCCCAUUGGAAUUGCUCGGCCAAGGCAUGGAAAAUCCCAUUGGAAUUGCUCGGCCAAGGCAUGGAAAAUCCCAUUGGAAUUGCGUGGCCAAGGCAUGGAAAAUCCAAACCCUUGGGACUCGCUGGAGGCUUCACCAAUCCCAUCCCAAGCCUGGUGGGCGAUCCAUGGGAUGGGAAAAAUCCCUUCCCAAAACUCCGGGAUAACGAUCCCGCUCCUCCCUCAGCCAUUGGCAGCGAUUCCAGAGCGCUGGGAGAGGAAGGAAAAGGCACAAAACUUCAGGAUGAGGAAGUGUUGGGAAGCUCCAAGGAGCUGGAAAUGUUUACAUGGACAGGAGCAAAGCUUCCGUGUUUUUUCUACGGGGAUUUGGAAAACCCCACCUGGAUAAGCUAUUGAUCCCUAAUCCCACCUUUUCCUCCUCUUUUUUUUUGUUUCCUCCCCUCUCCUUUGCUUCCUUAAAUUCCUUGGAAUGGCUGGAGAAACCUUCCCUCGUUUCCAUGCUCCGUUCCUCAGAGGUUCAGCUUUGGAGCAGCACAAAAAAAGUCCUUAAAAUUAUCCAAUUUAUCUUUUUUUUCCUCCCAGGGAAAGUGCCAAAAUUCCUUUUAAAGCAGGAUCUGGGGCUUGGAAUUCAUGGGAAUGUCAUGGCAGUUUUAAAUUGGGGAAUGCACAGGAAUAUUUUUAAAAAAUGAGGAUUUUCCAGCUUUUUUUUCCAAGUUGGAGGGAAGAAAAAUCCUUCCUUCUUCUCCUCAGUUUCACUCCAGAGCUGGAAUUGGAUGGGAAAGAAUAAAAAAAAGUGGGGAUAGGGGAAGAGGGGGAUUUGUCUUUCCCAAAUUCCUGGCAAUCCCAGUUUGCUUCCUGCAUUUUUGGGGUGGAAUUGGGCUGAUCUGGAGCAGGAAACGCCCCUUGCUGGCUCCAUGAGGAACCAGGGAGUUGGGAAUUCUCCCUGGAAUUCCCAGGGAAGGUGGAAUUCCUCGGCUGAAAUUCCAGCUGCCCGUGGCUGAGGUUGGGUUUGGUGGGAUUGAUUUUUUUUUUUUUUCCCCUUUCUUUGUGCAAUAAAUGGAUUCAGGAGCUUUUUUAUGGAGGAAAAAACCAACAAAAGUCGGCUUUGUUUUGUUCCUUCCCGGGCGUUCCCGGUGGAUCCGACCUCUCCCGCCAUUCCCAAGUGGGAUUUUUUAUGGAUCCAAACUCCAUCUGCCAUUCCAAGGUACUUUUUUUAUGGAUCCAUCCUUUCUCCUGGCAUUCCAAAAAUAUGUUUUGUUGGGUUUUUUUUUUUAUGGAUCCAUCCUCUGUCCCAUCCCAAUCCAGCUGCUCGUGCCAAGAAUUCCCAACCCUUUUCCAAAGCCCCAUCCCUCAGGCAGCACCGACCCCAGGAGGGGGGAAAAAACCUCUGGAAAACCUCUGGAAAAGCGGGAAUGGCCCUCGGGAUGGCGCAGGGAGGUGUGGAAAUAAUAAACUGGAAUAAAGGCCAAGCUCUGUGUCUGCAA